GGGUGCAACGCCCCGCUUCGCUGAGGGCAGCGCAAGACCCGAGCGGGCGGGCCGGAGCAGGGUGCGGGCGCGCAGCGGGCGGUGGAGCGGGAGGAGGAGCCGCCGCCAUAGAUACUGUAGCCGUGGAGACUGUUACUUACCAACGCCGGGCGACACGCAGCCGCCGCCGCGGGAACCGCAGCCCGAACUCGCCGCCGAACUCCAGGUCCCAGCAUGCAGAGCUCCGAGGAUGGAACCGAAUCGCCAGCGUCUGUGACUCUGCGCCCAGCAGCGGCUGCCCAGCCUGUACCAGCCUCCCCGCAGAGGGUGCUGGUCCAGGCAGCGGGCUCAACACCCAAAGGUGCCCCGAUGCACCCACUCACCCUCCCCAGGGUCCAGCCAGUGCCACAGCAGGUGCAGCACGUGUACCCCGCGCAGGUGCAAUAUGUGGAUGGCGGGGAUGCUGUCUACGCCAACGGAGCCAUCCGAGCAGCCUACGCCUACAACCCGGAUCCCCAGCUCUACGCCCCCAGCAGCGCAGCCUCUUACUUCGAGACCCCAGCUGGUGCUCAGGUCACAGUGGCAGCCUCGUCCCCCCCAGCAGUCCCCUCCCACGGCAUGGUGGGCAUCAGUAUGGAUGUCUCGGGGACCCCCAUCAUGUCUGGCACGGGAGCCUACCUCAUCCACGGGGGCAUGGAUGGAACGAGACACUCCCUGGCCCACACUGCCCGCUCCUCCCCUGCCACGCUUGAAAUGGCGAUUGAGAACCUCCAAAACAGCGAAGGCCUGGCCCCCCACAAAGGCGGCUUGCUCAACAGCCAUCUGCAGUGGCUCCUGGAUAAUUAUGAGACAGCAGAGGGCGUGAGCCUGCCCCGCAGCUCCCUGUACAACCAUUACCUGCGCCACUGCCAGGAGCACAAGCUGGAGCCGGUCAAUGCCGCAUCCUUCGGCAAGCUCAUCCGCUCAGUGUUCAUGGGCCUGAGGACUCGGCGCCUGGGAACCAGGGGCAACUCAAAGUACCAUUAUUAUGGGAUCCGCCUGAAGCCGGACUCCCCUCUGAACCGACUGCAGGAGGACACACAGUAUAUGGCCAUGAGGCAGCAGCCCACACACCAAAAGCCCAGGUACCGGCCAGCCCAGAAGUCAGACAGCCUCGGGGACAGUUCCCACAGCAACCUUCACAGCACUCCGGAGCAGGCCAUGGGUGCACAAGGCCAGCACCACCAGCAGUACAUAGAUGUAUCCCACGUCUUCCCAGAGUUCCCGGCCCCUGACCUGGGCAGUGUGCUGCUGCAGGAGGGGGUCACUGCACACGAUGUCAAGGCCCUACAGCUGCUGUACCGACGGCACUGCGAGGCCACCUUAGACGUUGUCAUGAACCUCCAGUUUCAGUACAUUGAGAAGCUCUGGCUAGCCUUCUGGAACUCCAAGACCACCUCCAGUGACAACCGCACCUCGCUGCCUGCCAGUGCUGAGGAACCAGAAGGCAUCAUCCUCCCCAAGGACAAGCUCAUUGCACUUUGUAAAUACGACCCAAUCCUGCAAUGGAUGCGCAGCUGCGACCACAUCCUCUACCAGGCGCUGGUGGAAGUUCUGAUACCCGAUGUGCUUCGGCCUGUGCCCAGUUCCUUGACCCAGGCCAUCAGAAACUUUGCAAAAAACUUAGAAGGAUGGUUGACCAACGCCAUGUGUGACUUUCCCCGGCAAGUUAUCCAGACAAAGGUGGGCGUGGUGAGUGCUUUCGCCCAGACGCUGCGUCGCUACACGUCACUCAACCACUUGGCACAGGCGGCACGUGCGGUGCUUCAGAACACGUCACAGAUCAACCAGAUGUUGAGCGACCUCAACCGUGUGGACUUUGCCAACGUGCAGGAACAGGCCUCAUGGGUGUGCCAGUGUGAGGAGGGCCUGGUGCAGAGAUUGGAGCAGGACUUCAAGCUGACGCUGCAGCAGCAGAGCUCGCUGGACCAGUGGGCCAGCUGGUUGGACAACGUGGUGACCCAGGUGCUGAAGCAGCAUGCAGGCAGUGCCAGCUUCCCCAAGGCCGCGCGCCAGUUCCUGCUCAAAUGGUCCUUCUACAGCUCCAUGGUGAUCCGGGACCUGACGCUGCGCAGCGCCGCCAGCUUUGGCUCCUUCCACCUCAUCCGCCUGCUCUAUGACGAGUACAUGUUCUACCUAGUGGAGCACCGCGUGGCCGAAGUCACUGGGGAGACGCCCAUCGCAGUCAUGGGAGAGGUGAGGNACUUGGCCUCCCUAUCGCUGACCCUGCUAGACAAAGAGGACAUCAGGGAUGGACAGGGCAGUGAAUCGGACGCUGAUGGCCACAGCCUGGGGGAGCCCAUGGUGAAACGAGAGCGUAAUGACCCCAGCCACUCACUGCAGGGCAUCUAGCCUCUCCCCAGCGCCUUCCAUGUGCUUCUGGAAGGUGUUGCCUGGACCUCUGGGGUCUCUGGGCUCCACCACACCUGUGCCUCUUAGAUCACACAACGUUUACCAUGACCUGAGGGGGUCCCCAGUGCAGCCACCCCCAGAGGACCAGAGUCUUGACAACCAUUAUUCAAGCUGCCCACGCUCCUGCCCAGGUGCCCGGAGUCACAGCCACAAACCUGUCCCCUGCCUCAAUACCCUGCUGCUGUAGGUCAGCCUCGGGCACCCUGACACUGCUGCAGGACCAGCCUCGGGCACCCUGACAGCUCCUCCCCUGCACCAGUAGCAGCUUAAACCAUAAUUUAAAAGAAAAACCUGGAAAGGGAGAAACAGGCCCUCCUCCCUGGGCACAGAAUGGGGGAGCCCAGUGGGUACCCUCAGGCACGGAUGCCCUAGCCCAUCCUUAUGGGGCACCUGUGUCCAUACACACACCACCCAGGCCUCUUUCCACCAGGCCAUGACCUCAGAUGGAUCUCACAUGUGAAUGGUAUCCAUCAGUAUCCACCCAUGGCCAUCAUCCACAGCCCCCACAAAAAGCAGAUCCCAGAACCACCCACUCAUGUCAGCCAGUCAAACCCACAAUCAGGGUUCGCAUGGGCAGAGACCUAGGUUUUCUGUCUAAGUUCAUGGCAACAUUGAGCCAGCCCAAUAGGCCUGGACCACAGUUUCAAGAGGCCACAUGAUGGGCAGCCAGUCACAUGUCCCAUGGGCAGCACCCUACAAUCUACAUGCACCACAGUGCCUGACCCCUGCAGAGUCUUCCAGAAAACCACCCCCCGGAACAAGCCAUCCUGGAGUGCUCUGACCCUUUACCACCCUCCCAAAUGUCCUUUUUCAGGGGACAAAUGAAAACCUUGACCACACCUGGCCCUGAGUUCUAGACUCCCCAUCACGUGGCUGUCACACCGCACCACAGUUGCCGUGUGCAAGAAUUUCUGACCCCAAAAACGGCCCCACCCCAGGAAGCGCAGCCUCAUGAAAUGUAGUAGUUUCUCUCGGAGAAGUGCUUAUCCCAUAGUUCUGUGCUUAGUUCUUAGAUUUCUUGAGAAUGUGUCCUUGCAGUACAUCCAGCCUCAGUGCUGUUCACACAGACGGUACAAAUGUAACUCACAUGGCCUUUAAAUUAAGCCUCGCCUCACAGCAAGUGGGAGCCCCAUGCACCCCUCGAUCUCUGCCAGGGGUGCUGCAGGUUGAAGAAGGGGACCGGAAGGGGAAGAUGCACAUGUAUUAUUGAAACAAAAUGUGUAUCUAGCUGUAAUGUCUGGCCUUCGGUUUAACACAGAUGAAAUCAGAGAGGAAGAAAGUCUCUGAGUGCCGCCCCCGCUCUGGGGACGUCUAAGUUCAAGGUGACUUUUUGGAAGGACCCAAGUCCUUUCCCUGUGGAAACCAAUAACAGACUGGCAUUUUGUGUUC